AUGGAGAAUAUCCUGUUUUGCAAGGCUGAGAUAAGUCAUUCUCUUGGUAGUGAGAUUGUAACCAGAGAGCCAAUAGACAGGAGGGCCAGCAACUUUGAGGCUGCAAGUAACAAUGUUGCUGGUCCUCAGCUUUGGUCAAAUCCAACCAGAAAAACUCUUGUUGCUGUGGCGAGCAAAACAGAUAUGAGCUACCAUAAUUUGGUCUGUUCUUUAGCAGAUCUUUGGGGCCAAAAUGCUGUGUCAAUGGUUGAAGAAACCAACUGGGUCGUCUGUACCAAGCCUGGUCAUCCUUUGGCAGCAGACAUGUUUGAGCCAAUGACCUUGUUGUGCUCAAACAUCCAUGAGGGUGGUAUUUUAGGUGGUCUUUUGGGUGGCAGUUUUGGUAAAACCAGCAAAAAAACCAUCCCUAUUUUUGGAAAUAUAAUUAGAUCUCCGUUGACUGAUAGAUGUUAG